GCUUUGUCACUGACAACCCCAAGAUACAAGAAGCCUCAACCACUUCUCGACCUUGGUUUCUUGGGAUAUCCCGCUACACUUCAUUUUCUCCCAAACAACUCGAGGCCUAUUCGCAUACCCGCCCGGUAUCGCUAGGAAUUUAAUCCAUUGGCCUCCCCAAUUCCCUCCCACUCUACCUGUCCUUUUCUGCCUUUAAGUAGCCCAGAGUAAGUUUCACCUUGGUGCCACGUUCCCCAGCCCGCCUUUCCUUCCCCAUUCCCGACCGCCUGUUCUGUGUUCCCAGAACCCCAAUUGCUUCCUCAAACAAACACGCAGUACGCAGUCGGCUCACAAUCUCGCUGUAAACAGAACAGGAAAAUUCAAAAUGCAGAAGGCCCACAAGUUCGCUCUCGGCCUGCUCGCUGCGGCGGCAGUUGCCACGGCCUCGGAUGUUGUCCAGCUGAAGAAGGACACCUUCGACGACUUCGUCAAGGCCAACGACCUCGUCCUCGCUGAGUUCUUCGCUCCGUGGUGCGGCCACUGCAAGGCGCUCGCGCCCGAGUACGAGGAGGCUGCUACCACGCUCAAGGAGAAGGAUAUCAAGGUCGUCAAGGUCGACUGCACAGAAGAGGCCGACCUCUGCCAACAACAUGGCGUUGAGGGCUACCCCACCCUGAAGGUCUUCCGUGGCCUCGACAACGUCUCCCCCUACAAGGGCCAGCGAAAGGCUGCUGCCAUCACCUCCUAUAUGGUCAAGCAGUCCCUGCCUGCCGUCUCUGAGGUCACCAAGGACACCCUCGAGGAGUUCAAGAAGGCUGACAAGGUUGUCCUUGUCGCCUACGUUGACGCCUCCGACAAGGCGUCGAGCGAUGUCUUCACCGAGGCCGCUGAGAAGCUCCGCGACAACUACCCCUUCGGUGUCAGCACCGACGCUGCCCUGGCCGAGGCUGAGGGCGUCACCGCUCCCGCUGUCGUCCUCUACAAGGACUUCGACGAGGGCAAGUCGGUCUUCUCUGAGAAGUUCGACGCCGAGGAGAUCGAGAAGUUCGCCAAGACGGCUGCCACCCCCCUGAUCGGUGAGGUUGGCCCCGAGACCUACUCCGACUACAUGUCGGCUGGCCUCCCCCUUGCCUACAUCUUCGCCGAGUCGGCCGAGGAGCGCAAGGAGAUCAGCGAGAAGCUCAAGCCCAUCGCUGAGGCCCAGCGUGGCGUUGUCAACUUCGGUACCAUUGAUGCCAAGUCGUUCGGUGCCCACGCCGGCAACCUGAACCUCAAGACCGACAAGUUCCCCGCCUUCGCCAUCCAGGAGGUCGCCAAGAACCAGAAGUUCCCCUUCGACCAGGACAAGGAGAUCACCUUCGAGGCCAUCAAGGCCUUCGUUGACGACUUUGUCGCCGGCAAGGUCGAGCCCAGCGUCAAGUCUGAGCCCAUCCCCGAGACCCAGGAGGGCCCGGUCACCGUUGUCGUCGCCAAGAACUACAACGACAUUGUCCUUGACGACACCAAGGAUGUCCUGAUCGAGUUCUACGCCCCGUGGUGCGGCCACUGCAAGUCUCUUGCUCCCAAGUACGAGGAGCUCGCUGCCCUGUAUGGCAAGAGCGAGUUCAAGGACCAGGUCGUCAUCGCCAAGGUUGAUGCCACCGCCAACGACGUGCCCGACGAGAUCCAGGGCUUCCCCACCAUCAAGCUCUACCCCGCCGGCGCCAAGGAGGAGGCCGUCACCUACUCGGGCUCCCGCACCAUUGAGGACCUCAUCAAGUUCGUUGCCGAGAACGGCAAGUACAAGGCCAGCGUCUCGGAGGAGGUUGAGGAGGCCGCCGAGUCGGCCGAGACCGAGGCUGCCAGCGAGACCGAGACCAAGGCCGAGGAGGCCAAGGAGACCGAUCACGACGAGCUCUAAAGGAGAACAUGUCUUUAUGUGUAAUCUAGAAAUGCUUUUUGGGGUUUUCUUUAUGGACCACGGGCACACGGAAUGACGCCCGGGAUUCUGGGUUUGGGUUUGCCAAAACGCGCAUCUGUCUAAUGAAUGAAGUCUGUUACGAUCG